UGUUGCUGUUUUUUGUUUUUUGGUUGAAAUCCACUUUUUUUUCUCGCUUGAUUCGCUUCGUAGGAAAAAAAGUUUCAACUAAAAACCGAAAUCAGCACAAAAUCUCACUACUUUCGCCUAGCUUUUUCGCACUUUUUUUUUUUCUUUCUUUUAUCGCCGUCUUUUUUUUUUUUUUUUUUUCUUUGCCAUUCCUUGCCUUUCUGUGCUCUCUCGCUCCUCCCCCUUCUUGUCAAAAGCCCCCCUCUUUUCGCUUUUGGCUCUUGUAUACUAGCAUCUUAUCCGCGGGGACUGCAGCAGGGCGACUCGUUGACGCUGCUUCACGUUCUUUCUUGCCACAGCUGCACCAACGUCAUCAAACCGUUGCAAAGCAAAGUCACCUCCUUCGCUUCUCUUCUUCGCUCUGUAAUCUUCUUCCAGCUUUGCCUCAUCACAAAGCAGCCAAGACCGGAAAACAAACAACAAAACCCCUCAAAAUACAAAAUGACGGAAACAUUGACCUCGGCAGAUAUGCUGUUCGACCAAACCCAACUGCUCAACGAACCAACGACACCAGUCCGCAACGCGCGCAUCCACACGAUGCAAGAAGACUUUCAGGACCAGCACCGACCACCAACUCCAUUGUCAAGGACGCGAAGGGCGUCGUUCUCGGCACCCGCCGUGUUGCGCAUCAACGAUGCGAACGACUACUUGAUUAGCCUGUCCAUGGACAAGAUGUCCCUGCAGGACGAGACGUCGGGUCUUCGCAAGUCGGUGCUGAUCCAGCGUGUCUUGUCUAGCCGCCUGCAAUACAAGGAGCAUUCCGGCGAGUUGUCGCCGUCCUUGCGCAUGCGAAAAGAAUCAAAGCGCAUGUCGCCGCUAACGCCCUCGUCGCCCUUCUUGUUUGGCGCGCACGCGUAUAGCACGACGUCGUUUUUGCCAGAGUACUCUGACGAUCCACUGGCCAGCGUCUUCCAACUCGAAUCCCGCUUCUCGUCUGAAGACAAGCACGACGACAGCGACGGCGAAGACUCUGCCGAUGACUCGUCGUCGUCUUGCAGCGACAACGACAAUGACGAGGACGAGGAGGAGAACGAGGAGGAGAACGAGGAGAAUGAUGCCAACGCGGACCGCAAGCGUGGGUCGCACGUCCUUGUUUCGCCCCUGUUUUCUCGCCAAUCCGCCGCCAAUAUUACCCGUCGGUCUCCGGCCACCACUAUUACCACCACCACCACCACUGUGGUCGACAUGACGAGCGCCACACAGGCCGACUUGGCCAACGAGGAGCGCGUCAUUGAGAUGAAUCUCGACGACGAGGACAGCCAGACUGCCCGCCAGCAGAACGCGGCAGGUGGCUCGAGCGAGUCUCCUACCUCUUCUGCGUCGUCGUCUGCCACUUCGUCGCCCGAUCCCGAACAAGGAGAGCAGCUGCUUGCCAAAGGGCCUUUUGCUGCAUCGUCCGCCCUCGCCGACGCGCGAGCAAACACCGUGUACGACUUGUCGUCCCACUCGCUGCUUGGCCCUGCCCCCACCUCUGUGCUUGAGCAAGAUUUGUCCAACGCGGACUUGCCCCUUUACUCGAUUGGCGGCAAGGGCUUUUACCGCGAGAGCGCCUCCUCAGCGAACAGCGGCAGUGCUGCCGUUGCGCACGAGCUUGAGGCUGCCGCGCUGGCCAUGAUGAACGAGAGUGCCCAAGCUGACGGCAUGAGCGUCUUUGACCAAGCCUUGUUUGACAGCCUUUCUGGCCCCGAGGCCAGCACUGGCGACGUCACCGAGCACUCGGUCCUGCACACUGCACACAAUGGCAAGAACAUUUUGAUUCUGCGUCGCCCCAAGCGCCCCUUUGACCAGGAUGCCCCAGAAGACGCCACCGUUGAGCUCGCUUCCGAUGUUGUUGCUGCCAGCCAUCCAGAGCUCAAGCGUGUUCGCUCCAAUCUGGAUACUCCAGUCUUGUAGAGAGAACCCUCCUACAAUGGGACAAAAAAUGGAGACCACCCUGCAUCUAGCUCUCUUCAUAUUCUUGUUCAAUAUUAUUAAUAUAGACGAUGUGCAAAAAAUGGCGGCGGUCGGAGCAAUAUGAAAUUUUGACUUUGCAUUGACCUUUGGCUGGGCGCGAAAAAUCUUGUCCCAUUGUAGGAGGGACAACCUCCGCAGCACUCCCGGCACCUUCCCGCCCGCCCCCGACAGUGGACAUGCAGCGAAGAUGCAAAGAAAAUCGAUAUUAUCCGUAUUGGUGGACGAUAGGGUCAUGUUGUGCGUACUUAUGGCCGGGAGUGUGCGCGGGUUCGAAUCGGGACAAAGAAUUAUCGUCGUUUAAUCAACCCGACAACAAUAACAUACAUCAAAUUGCAUAUAAAGCCAUACAUGUAACACAUUUAGUUCGAAUUGGAGAGGUCAGAUAGCGCGAGUCGCUUCCGGCGAUCGGUUUUCGGCG